UCAAAACAUCCAUAUCGAAAGGUGCAGAUGUAGUCAACGUAACCGUAGUUAAGCACUUGCAAAGCAAUACACCAUCACAUUCGAAAGAUACAGAUGACUGUGAUGGUGGAACGCAAUUUGAUUUGCAAGCUGAGUCGGAUGGAGCAGCACCACUUCGCGACAGCUGUUUAUGUGCGGGUAUGAAAGCAGACUAUUGUAACUGUCAAACACUGCAGAGUCAACUAGCAAGCUGCUCUUCACCUGCGCCUCCUGCGCCUACCACACACGCCACAGUCGUUGGCAUUGCUGCAGACGUAGCUGGAAAUAAGCGCAGUAGCGAACCGAUAUCCGGUCAAGAAUUAAGGCUACCCAAAAAGCGUUUAAAGAGCACAGAAAUCGAGCAUGUGCUUUCAAGCUCCUUGGAUCAAUUAGGUAGAACGCUGGAUGAACAACUGAAUGCAGCAAUUGAGCUAAGGGACGCGAGUAAUAAGUACGAGAUGCCCAAUUCCACUCGAAGGAUUGACGAAAUAAUGGAGGAACACCAAAUGCAAAGUAAAAUCUACGUAGAUAUCAAAAGUGAAUACGAGGUUCAAAAACAAAAUACGAGGGAAAGCAUGCUAGCCACGACACUAACAGCAUUAACGCCGCUAGCGUCACUUACAAGUAAUCAACAACAAAUGCCAUUGCAACAACAUAGUGACGAUGAUAAUGAUGAGCAGACGGGGGAAAACUAAAUUUUGUUGCCUACAAAACGGUGAUGUUUAUUCCGUUGUAGCCAAUGAUGGGUCGAAUGCCAAGACGCAUGCUCGGCGAGAUGUAACUGCAUCGAAUUUUUCGUUUGAGGUUUCACACUUUUAUGGCACAUAUAUGUAGAUAACACAGGUUACAGAACGAAAGAUCAUCAAUUCAAGGAAUACAAAAAAUACUUAUGACAAAUGACGCCUCUACAAGAAGCGAAAAGGAAAUGAUAUUCUCCACACAAAUAUCUAUCAAGAUGGUCGGCACAUGGUUGCCAACUACCUCAUUUUUUAUGAAAAUAUCUCUAAAAAUAUGUAGUUUUUAUUUUUUAAUGGAAAAGAAAAGCAGUUGUACAUUUGUAUGCAUGCACUGCGUACAUACAUACAUUGUAGGUGUGUGAAAUGCAUACAUACCUACCAUACAAUGUGAGGGUGCCAUAUCAAUUACGCUUUUGGCAGUAUCUCACCAUAGCGUAUGAGUGAUUUUUAAAUUUGCAUUAGAUGGAAUACGCACAUGCAUAUAUUAAGUAGUUAUGUAUGUAGCUUGAAAACGUAAAUGAAUCGGCUUGUGCAGUACACUGGUGCAUACUAUAGUCACUUAUGAGUGUCAAUCCAUAUUAAAUC